GUCCUAGCUGUUGUAGGCGCUGUUCCAGACGAGCUGUUUAUUUUGAGUUUGUUUACGUUUUAAAAGCGAGCAAAUGGCCUCGACUCUGUUGUCUCCCAUGGUGGAUUACUACAACGACGAGGAGGAGCUGGACAGCGUGGACGACGACGAUGACCGGAGUUUCAGGGGUAGAGACUCGGAGGAAGACACCGAGGAUGCCAGCGAGACGGAUCUGGCCAAACACGAUGACGAUGACUAUGUGGAAAUCAAAGAGCAAAUGUACCAAGACAAACUGGCCUCUCUGAAAAGACAGCUGCAGCAGCUACAGGAAGGCACGCUGCAGGAGUACCAGAAGAGAAUGAAGAAGCUGGACCAGCAGUACAAAGAAAGACUCAGAAAUGCAGAUCUGUUUCUCCAGCUUGAAACGGAGCAGGUAGAGAGGAACUACAUCAAAGAGAAGAAAGCGGCCGUGAAAGAGUUUGAUGAUAAAAAGGUUGAGCUGAAGGAAAACCUGAUCGCGGAGCUGGAGGAGAAAAAGAAGAUGAUCGAGAAUGAGAAAUUAACAAUGGAGCUGACAGGCGACUCCAUGGAGGUAAAACCCAUCAUGACGCGGAAGCUGAGGAGACGCCCCAACGAUCCAGUCCCAAUCCCAGACAAACGGAGGAAACCUGCACCAGCCCAGCUAAAUUAUUUGUUAACAGACGAUCAGAUUAUGGAAGAUCUGAGAACACUGAAUAAGCUGAAGUCACCAAAGCGACCAGUUUCCCCGUCGACGCCCGAACACAUCCCCACCGCUCCCAUGGAGAGCCCCACCCAGCGCUACGAGGCCCGCAUCGAGGAGGGCAAACUGUACUACGACAAGAGAUGGUACCACAAGAGCCAGGCCAUAUACCUGGAGUCGAAGGACAACACCAAGAUCAGCUGUGUCAUCAGCACCGUGGGCACCAACGAGAUUUGGGUGAGGAAGACGAGCGACAGUACGAAGAUGAGGAUCUACCUGGGCCAGCUGCAGAGGGGCGCGUUCGUCAUCCGCCGGCGGUCGGCUGCGUGAAACACCGCCCGCCCCGCCCCUCCUCAGCCAAGCCCAUCUGUUUGUUUAUCCAUCCAUUCAUCCGCUCAUGUUUUUGGUGCGUUUCAAACACAAACGCUGCACAGAUUCUCUUUUCAGCGGCCAAAAUCUGCCCGUUUCACCAAAUCCUCGGAUGAUGGACGUCAUACAUGCAGCUGCCUGUUUUCCAUCAUUAUUUGUCACUAUGUGGCUAAACUGGGAAAACAGUGGUUAUUUAUGAGCCUGUGUUGACUUUUGUCUCAAACCUUUAUAUGGAUUCAUGGAUCAUUCAUCAACACAAGCACUGUCGAAAUAAAGAUUCUUCAGUUUUAGCAGCGUAAAUCUCCCAGUUGAAGUUUUCUUGGUGCAAGAAAUUGUACCCUUUCCUCUGCUUUUCAUGCCUUUUGCACUGUCAUCAAACAACGGGGGCUUACUGCUGCACUGACGGUUUUUACAGUGUUUCUGUUACAUGUGUAUUUAGCAUUUUUUAAUUUCUUAUUUGAGGAAAAUGUGUUGGAAGUGUAAAUUUUAUUAUUGCCAGUGAUCUCCACAGUUGAACAGUACCUGCAUGUGGAGCUUUAACUUCUGUUUAUUUGUACUUUGUCCCAUAUGAAUAAAAAGAUCUCCGC